GUCAAGGCGGGGGCUGAUGCUGUCAAAGCGGCACUGGCGGCAUCCCCGCCGGCUGUUCUGGAGGCUGCACUCCGCUCCCUGGUGCUCCAAGCAAGCAAGCAGCAGCAGCAGCAGCUAGCUUCCCCUCAUGGCGCGUUCGCCUCUUCUGCCUCCGCCGCUGCCGCCGCCGGCAGAGUAAGUGACCAGGAGGCGCAUGCGCCUGCCUACCCCUAUCGGGAAAACAGUGGCCUUGUAGCGGCGCCUUCUGCCGCCGUCGUGGCACCCCCUGCGGAGGUGGAACCGUCGACAGCACCCGCAGCCACCGCCGCAGCCUCCGCCGCCGGCCCCCUCAUGACAUCUUCCUCGCUGCGUGCCGCUGCGACCCUCAGCGCCGCCCUCACCACCUGGGAGGCCCUGCUGGUGGGCGGGCAACAGCAACAAGGACAACAUCCCCUGGCAACCCCUCCUCCUCCUCCUGAUGGCGAUGGGGAGCUGUUGGCGGGUCUGGUGUCGCUGGUGGGCGCAUGCAGGCGCCGUCUGCUGCCGCCGGAGAGAGCCCCCGCACCCGCAGUGGUUGAGGAGGAUGCAACAGCCCCGGUAGAAUCCCCAGCAGCAGCAGUAGCAGUAGCUUCCUCCCUGCAGGAGGCCCCCUGGCAGUGGGCUCCGCGGCUCAGCCAGCACGGGGCCGCCAUGGAGGCGGUGUGGGCGGCACUGGGGCCCGCCACACAGCUGCUGCUGCUGGAAGGGAGGGUGGCAGAAGCAGGCAGCGUUGACAGCGACGGCAAGCGUAUGUUGCAGCAGCACUGCCAGCAGCAGCAGGGGCAGUUGUUGUUAUCGGAAUUGUGCCGACUCGCCUCCGCAUCGUUGUUCGGCGGCAUUGGUGCUGGCGGCAGCGGCAGUGGUGCUGUCAGCAGCAGCGGCAGCAGCAGUGCUCUUCACAGGGAUGGAGGGCAUGUGGCCCCCCCAGCGGCGGCGGUGGAGGAGAAGGAGGGCUCUGAUGCGGUUCCCAACGGACAAGUCCAGGUGGGUGCGGACCCCACGGAAGCUGCCAGCCACAGCGGCCCUAACAGCACUAGCAACACACUUGCCAGUAGCAGCACCCCCAGUAGCAGCAACAACUCCAUUAGCAGCACCAGCACCAGCAGCGGGGCCCCCAACGCCCCCAGUGAGCCCGACAAGCUGCUGGCGCUGCUCCGAGCGCACCAGGUGCUGCGGCGGAGGCUGGGGGCAGGCGAGUUUGAGGGUGCCGGGGAUGUUAUUGUACGACAGCAGCGGGAACUACGGCAGCAGCAACAACAGGAGCAACGGCAGGGGCAGGGUUACCGUGAGAUCAAGGAGGUCCAAGUACAAGACAUGAUGGGCACCGCGGGGAAAGGGGGAGGAGUGGUUGACAUCAACGGUCACCGGUACGACAGCAGCAGCAGCAGCGGUUGGUUAGGCAGCAAGGCUAGUAUUAUUCAUCCAAAUAUAGGCACGCGUAGUAGCAUGGGCAGCAGCCAGAUAGCUGCUAGUGGAAUGGCACCUCCUGCCGCCACCACCGCUGCCACCACCACCACCACCACCACCAGCAGCAGCAACGAGGGGACGGGUGGCUGCUGGGAGUUGCUGGCGCUGGAUCGAGUGGUGCUGUCGUCCACUCAGACGUUCCUGCGCUCCUGGCUGCGAGGCCAGCCGGGUGCGACCGAGGCUGCUGCUGCCGCUGCGGAUGCACCUCACCCCGCCUCCCUGGACAAGGACGCGGCGGGCUCCGACAGCAGCAGUGGCCCCAGCAGCAGCAGCUCCUCCUCCUCCUCCUCCCCAGCCGCCCUCAGCCUGUCUGACUCCGUGCAGCUCACGGUGGGCCUGGCUCGUAACGGCUGCCGCGACUGGCACCUGCUGUGGAGGCUGCUCAGACACCAGGCAGCGGAGGCGGAGGUGGCGACAUCCACGUCAGCGCGUGGGGUGCGGCUAGCAGUAGCAGCAGCAGCCUUUUCGGAACCCCAGGGCGAUUCCUCCUUAGCUGCGGAGGCUAGGGCGGCCGCGGAGAUGGCGGCGGCGGCGCAAGAGUCGUCGUCGUCGUCGCCACCGGAGGCCACACUCGCCUCCGCAGCACCAGGAGCAGCACCAGCAGCAGCAGCAGCAGCUCAAGGGGGCAUGCGCCGCCGCCGUCUGCGCCUGCAUGCCGCUGCGGCGGUUGCUGCGGCCCUGCAGCACAGCAGCCCGGAGGAGCUGCGAGGCACCUGCUGGCCCCGCACCGCCGUCAAGCUGGCGGCAGCGCUAGCUGACGUCAGCAGCCAUCAGCGCAUCCAGCCGCUUUCGCCGCCGCUGACGCAGCAUACUCCACUGGAAGACGCGCAUACCAACAACAGUGCCCGAGGCAUGUCGUACCAAGAGGCAAGUACGGCAGUGGCGGCGGCGGCGGAGCGGUUGCUGCUGCUGCAUGACGUGGACUGCUUGCCAGCUGACGUGGAGUACGUCGCGACGUGGGUCCGGAGCGCCGCUGCACUGGCGGAGGUGGCCUCGCCUGUUGACGAUGCCGCGACCCAGGCGACGACGGCGCGCCCCUCAGGGCACCGCAUCUCCUCCCCCCGCGACACUGACGUUGACGCGGGCGACGCCGGCGGCGGUGUCACUCUAGGAACGGGGACUGAGCAGCUCGCGGCCUCAGCACGUCAGCUGCUCCUUCGCGCCGCCACACAGCUGCGGUCCCCACCACAGCCGCCGUCGUCCCAACCGCCGCCACCCUCCUCCGACAUCCGCUCCAACCGCCGACAACGGGGAAGUCGCGAGGGCGCCGCCUCUCCUCCCACCAGUUCAGAUGUGGGUGCUGCAAGCUCCCUCCCUUCCCGGCCCCUAGCAUCAUCAUCAUCAUCAUCGGCAGCAGCAGCAGCAGCGGCCCAUCUGGAGCUCCUAGCCACCUGUGCGGCGGCUCCGGCGGGAUGGGUGCCGCCGGAGGUGGUGGAUGGCUGCUUGGCGGCGUUUGUGGACGGGGCUGCCACCGCCGCCGCCGCUGUGUCACGUUCGCCGCCGCCGCCCCGCACCUUCUGUCACCCAGCCGCCAGUGUUGUUGGAGGCAGCAGCAGCAGCAGCAGCAGUGGCAGCACUCAGGAGCGGUGUAACAGCGGUGUGGGGCUGCAGGCUGUGGGGGUGCUGCGAGCGCUGGCGACGUUGCGCUACAUCCCGGACGCCCGGCUGCUGCUGCCUGUGCUGGAGGCGGUGACGGAGGCCGCUGGGGCAACAAGGCAGGGGCCAGCGGCGGCACUGACUACGCGCCCUUGGAGGCUGGCGGCAGGAGAGGCAGGUGGUUCUUUCCCUGCAGCACCGCGAGAGCAGCAGCAGCAGCCCCUGCAGCAGCAGCAGCAGCCCACCGCCCUGCCGUUGGGGUCGCUGGUGGCGGCCACCACCGCGGCGGCGGAGCUGGCGGAGGCGGCGGCGGAGGUGGCGGAGGCGGCGGCGGAGGUGGCGGAGGCGGGCUGGGACGCGGCGGCGGUGCUGCUGGCGGCUGCCGUACAGCUGCGUGACCUGACGGAGGGGGCACUGCUGGCGGCGGCGGCGGAGGUGAAACAGCCGCAGGAGAUGGGGAGCGCUCCCCCCUCCCUGCCCGACCUAGCCGCCCUGUGCGCCUCCCUCGCCCCCCUGGAGCUCCUGUACCCCCGCCUGAUCACCGCAGCUGUACGACACAGCUUAACCCGCAUGCGGCCGCCGUACGCACUGCCGUACACAAGCCCUCAAGCAGCAGCCCAGCCCUCGGACUCCCCAUGCCUUCCGCAACCCCCUCACCAUCAGCCGCACCAGCACUUGCAACCUCCUCUUCCACAUCUUCACAGCAGCAACAGCAACAGCCCCCUCACCGCCACCUCCUCCUCCACCUCCGCCGCCAGCCCAGCUGACGCCGCGGCCGCCUGCCAGCUGCUGCACCUCGCGGCCCAGUCGCAGCUGGCGCCUGCAGCCGCCGGCACCGCCGCCGCAGUCGCUCGCGCUCGCCGUGUCGCAUUCCUCGUACGACACGCCUCUGGUAGCGGGGAGGUCAACCUGAACCAGAACCCCGGCGGCGAGACCGUGCAUGCCGCUGCUGCUGCUGCUGCUGCUGCUCCCGCUGCCGCUGCCCUCCAUGCGGCGUGGAGCAGUGCUGCUGCAGGUGGCUGCGACCGCGUUACGAACAAAGAGGGUGGCGAGGGGGCGGCCCAACAGCAGCACCAGCAGCAGCAGGAGCAGGAGGGCGAGCAACAGGA